UUUAACCGGAACGGGGAAGAAGGAUGGCGGGAAAGGAGGACGCCCGCAUCUUCGUGGGCGGUUUGGCGUGGGAGACCACGGAUCGACAGCUUGCUGACACCUUUAGCCGGUUCGGCAAGGUUCUUGACGCUCAGUUGUGGAUUUUGGGAACUCUGGAACGCUUCCAUGAGGUUUGAUUAGUUGGUUGGUAUGCUGGGAGAGCAUGCUUUCCGGUUGCUUGCACGACCUUUUCUUGUGCCUGUUCUGCUAUGCGUGUAGUUCUUCUCCGUGGAUCUGCCAGGUUUAAGCAUCUUGGGGAGUAUCAGAAAUGGCACCACAGAGCAGAGGUUCUCUGAUCAGAUUGUAUAUUUAUUGUCUGUUGUGUUUGACCAUUCGACUUGGUGCAUCUCGCGAUGAGAGUGGUUUUAUGAGGAUUUUGUUGUUGAUUUGUACAUGUUUUUGCGGAGAUUGUUAGGUUGGUGUUGGCGUUAGUUUUUCUUUCAGGCAUGGACUUCUCCAGUGUGCCGGCGCAGGCAUCUUCUAGUGUAUGCUUUUGUGUUUAAUCGUGUCAGAGAUCAGCAUUCUGAAGAAAGCAGCAACUAACGCUCUUGUUUUAGGAUAUGUUUCGGUGAUGUAGUUUGUUUGAAGAUUUUGAGUACAGCCACCACAAUCAAUCUGAAUAGUAAGUUGUAAAAAGGGAGAGAUCUAUGGACUGGAUACAUCUACCAGAUGGUCUUUUUGGUUGGUUAUAUCUGGCAGUGGCUGAUUAAUCCGGUGGAAGAUGUUGCUGUCCAGUAGUCUUCAAUAUAUCAGAGUAUGCAACUGCUAGUGUAAUUUGACCGAUCAUAUUUUUGGGGUGGAUAGGUUAUGCUCCACAGAAUCAGUCUUUCUGCUGAUCUAUUAUCUUGCAGUUUCCCGAGGAAAUUUGUUUCAUCUGUUUUGAGAAUUUACAUAUUAGGAACAACUUGCGAAGACUGCAGAUAUAAUAUUGAAAGUGUUUUUAUUGUAUAAUGAAUGGUUGACACGUCAAGAAAUUUGUGUUCCGCUAUUUAGGGCUUAAUUUGCCUUUUACAAGUCCCUGGUCUGAGCAUUAUGGUGCCAUGACUGUUUGGCCAGACUUGGAACUCCUCUAGAGUUGCUAGAUCUUGAUCUCCACUGUUGUUUUUGUGGCACGCAAUGUAAGGUGCUAUUUGUGUCAUAGAACAUGUCCAAGUGUUUCUUUAGAACCGAAGUCUUCAAUUAUGAAGCAAUAAUUUUGACAAACUAAAAGUCUCAUCAUGAGUAAUCUAUUUUUUCCCCUUCCCCUUGGAGUAUACUGAUAGCAACGUGAUUGAAGAAUCAACUGCAGAUCAGUAUUCUCGGUGUGCUUGCUGUCGUUGGUGUGUGGCAGAACCAAGCAGUGGCUCAUUCUAGUGCAUGUUUCUUCAUCCAAUAUGCUAUCAACUUGGGAAAAAGUCAUACAUUGUACAUUUGGAAGAAAUGAUGUGUGGGAGCAACACUGGGACAAAAUUGAUGUUCCUGAAAUUUUUGGAAUUAUGCUCAACAUUGUGGAGGGCUUUGGUUUCACAUAAUUUUUUUCUCCAUGGAACUAUCCUUAAGUCCUCAUUAGUGACAGAAAACCCAGUAGCCUGUGAUUAACCAGUGGAGUUACACAGUUUUUUUCCCUUUUUCUUGGUAAAUCGAACAAUAUACUUUUUACACACAGCACCAGAUGCAGUUAGAGCCUGACAGCGGAACUCUGAGUGAAGCGUAUCAGAAAUACUUUUAGAAUUUUGCCAAAGAUUGACAGUGCACAUUGGGAGUUGGUGUUGAACUUGACUGGCUGUUGUUGUUCAAUGCCUAUGCGACCCAUGUUGGCUUUGGCAGAAGUUCUUGUGCCUACUUUCAGUCUGAUGCUGGCAGACGUACUACAUUUAGAGGAACAUUUUUUGAUAGAAUAAUAUCUUAGUAGCCAGAGGAAAAGAAUGCAAAUGUGAUUCUUGUGUUCUCACCUUCAACCAGUUGUCAGCUUGUUCAUGAUAGUCUAACUCGGGUAGUCAAAAUUUGAUGCUAUAUUUGUGAGAUGAAUUUGCUGGAGGAUCUCAGGUUGGAAAUUUGCUGUUUUGUUCUUUCUGUUGUUUUGUGUUAUGGUUGGGGAUGACAUUGAAUUGGAAGAAAACACCACUUUCCACAAGUUCAGAAGCUGCCGUCUAAGUAAGAACUCAUACUGGUUAUGCUGGAAAGAGGUACAAAUCGUCCUCGGGGAUUUGGGUUUGUGACCUUUUCUGACCGACGGGCAGUGGAAGCUGCCAUAGAUGAGCUGCAUGGGAGGGAACUGAAUGGACGAAUUAUAUCUGUGAAUCGAGCUGAGCCAAAGCUUGGAGAGAGUGGCACAGGAUAUGGUGGUGGUGGUAGUGGUGGUGGUAGCCGUGGGAGCUAUGGAGGGGGAGACAGAGGGGAUCGGGGCUAUAAAGCGCCUGUUGGACGUUCGGAGUGCUUCAAGUGUGGUCGUCCUGGCCACUGGGCCCGUGAAUGCCCUUCUGCUGGUGGUGGUGAUGAAGGACGGUUCUCAUCACGGUCAAGGUAUGCAGGUGGACGGGGCGACCGCUUUGGAGGUGAUCGUUAUGGCGACCGCUAUGGUGAUGAUCGUUAUGAUGGUGGCCGCUAUGGAGACAGAGACCGAAUUGAUGGUAGAGAUAGCAGGUAUGGCGGCCGUGAUGCUCGUGACCGUUAUCCAAGUGACAAAUACCCCACUGGAGCUGAUCGUUUUAAUGCUGACCGCUAUGGCGCGGCAGAUAGGUAUCCUCAGAAUGGAUACAACAAGGACAGGGGUUAUGAGAGGGAAGGUGGGAGGAGCUCGGAGCGUUACGGUGGUGGCGGUGGCCCAACACGUUAUGAAGGAAGUUACCGAGACAGGCCAGGCCCCUAUGACCGUCCUGCACGUGGGCGGCCCCCGUCGUUCGAGGAUCGUUAUUAAAGACGAUGACCUUCUCUAGGAGCAUUGUCCUUUUGAUUUUCGCUGCUAGUUUCCAGUCUGUAUGUAUAGCUGAACCACUUAACAUUCUGUGGUGACAUUAGAAUAUGAUGAUGGGGUGGCCUAUGGUUAGUACUAGACCAGGAUCAGUAGAUCCUUUUUGGCAUUAGGGUAACGUUUCUUUCUGUAUGAUUUCUGCUAAGAACUAGAAGUGUGUUGGCUUUUCUCA